CUGGAAAAGCUACUCCUUUUCAGAAAAGGAUAAAGUUUAGGACAACAGUGGUGGUCAAAGCUUGUAGAGACUGUAGAUGUUGCUGGCCAGUUUCUCAAACUGACAAACUGUAGUUUAAUCUUAAAAAUGGAGCAGUACAUGUACAUAGGAUGUGAGAUUUCUAAAGUGCCUUUAUCUGAUACUGCUCAGAGGAUUAUGACAGCUCUGCAGUCUAUUCCUGUAGAAGUUCAGACAAACAGAGAAAAUAAUCAGAGUAUAGAGAAGACAAAGGAAAAUAAAGUAGGUGAUAAGGAUGCACAUCUGAGAAAUGAAAAGGAGGUUUGUGAUUCCAGAAUUGCCAUUUUAAAAACAUCUGCCAGCCCUGAAAAAAGUAGUGCUGGUGAGAUAGUCAGGACAGUGCAUACCAAUGAAAUGCUUGGCUGUCAAGAUACCAAAAUAGUGAGCUGUUACCAGGAUUCAGACUUGCCAACAUGGGGAUAUCAAGAAAGAAAUCUUUCAGUAGAAGCAAAAAAGCUGAAGGAUGGGGAAAAGAAAAUAGCUGUUCCUCUUAAAAGAAAGCAAAGUGUGUCUACAUGUUGUUCUGAGAAAACAAGAAGAUUACAUGUAGAGACCUGCACUUCUUCACAUGAAAGAAGAUACAGCUGUAGCUCUGGACAAAGAGAGACUAAUGAAAAUUAUCCCUGUGAUAUUAGCACUUUGGGAUGUGAAGAAAAAAGAGAACUGCUUGCAACUAUAGAACAGGCAGUGGCUUUUGUAACUACUAUGAUAUUUCAAGAUGGUUCUUCGCAGCUCAGCUCAGAACAGGUCUCAACCUCAUCAGUAAAAGGAGUUGUUGUGCUAGUGAAGAAUCAGAGCGAUCACCCUUUCCCUCCCAGCCACUCUUCAACUGGCUGUACUUGGAAAGCUGCUGAGGAAAAAGAUAAAUUAAUUUAUUUAAAAACUGAACGAUCAUCUCUCUGGGAACAAGAACAGGCUCACAUGAAAUUUUCUUGGCAAGUGUUGUUUCAAAUGCUACAGUGCAAAGUUCCAAUAAUUUGCUUCAAUGCAAAAGAUUUCCUGAGGACUCUACUUCAAGUUUAUGGUAAUGAAAUCAGCUGGAAACAAGUUGCCGAUAGUGUUGUGUUGGAUCCAAGGAUUGCAGCAUGGCUGAUAAACCCCAGCGACACAGUUCCUUCCUUUGAAUCUUUAAUACAGAAGUAUUUUGCAAAGCCUUUCUCAAAGGGAGCAGAAAAUACAGAUACAGGCACUUUGAGAAAUGCAUCUUAUCAAAACUUAGGUGUGAACUUGGAGAAGCUUUAUAAUGUAAUGAUGGACCUUGCUCGUGACUUAAAGGCUCAAGGUUUGUGGAACUUAUUUUGCACAUUGGAGCUUCCACUUAUCAAAAUUCUGGCAGUGAUGGAAACACACAAAAUAUAUGUGAACAAACAAGAACUGAAAAAAACAUCUGAGAUUCUGGGGUUGCGGCUCAAAGAGCUUGAACAGGAAGCUCAUCAAGUUGCUGGAGAACAGUUCCUGUUGACCAGCAGUUACCAACUCCGAGAGGUACUAUUUGAUAAGUUCAAGCUGCAUACCCUGUGUGAGAAACUUCACAGAACUGAAAUACAGCAACUUGUGUCCACCUCAGAAGCUGUGCUAAAUAAAUUGCAAGAUCUUCAUCCUUUGCCUAAGAUAAUUUUAGAGUACCGUCAGGUUCAUAAGAUGAAAUCAACUUAUGUGGAUGGAUUACGAACAUGCAUGAGAAAGGGAUUUAUUUCCUCUACGUGGAAUCAGACAGGAACUGUGACUGGCAGACUUUCAGCCAAACAUCCUAACAUUCAAGGUAUCUCUAAACAUCCAGUUAGAAUUACAAAGAAACAGUACAUAAAAGGAAAAGAAGAGGACAUAGUAACUAUUUCCCCAAGAACAUUGUUUGUUUCAAAAAAAGGAUGUACAUUUUUAGCAGCAGAUUUUUCUCAUAUUGAGUUAAGGAUCCUUGCUGACUUGUCAUCUGAACCAGAACUUUUGAAACUGUUCCAAGAACCUGAAAUCAGUGAUAUAUUUUCCACAUUGGCUUCUCAGUGGAAAGGUAUUCCAAGUGAACAAGUGAAACAUGCUGAUAGAGAGCAAGCAAAGCGUAUCGUUUACUCAGUGGUUUAUGGAGCAGGUAAAGAACGUCUUGCUGACUGCUUGGGAAUUACUCCUCUUCAAGCCAGUCAAUUUAUAGAAAGUUUUAUGCAAAAAUACAAGAAAGUGCAUGAAUUUACAAAGAAAACCAUUGAGCAAUGCCGAAAUAAAGGUUAUGUGGUUUCCAUAAUGGGACGCAAAAGACCCCUGGCCAACAUCAAUGCCCAGGAUUACAAACUGCGCACUCAAGCAGAGAGGCAGGCUGUCAAUUUUGUUGUUCAAGGCUCUGCAGCUGAUCUUUGUAAAAUGGCUAUGGUGAAGAUUUUUACCUCUGUUGUCGUUUCUCCCACUUUAACAGCCAGGUUAAUUGCCCAGAUCCAUGAUGAAUUGUUGUUUGAAGUAGAAGAUUCUCAAAUCCAGGAAUUUUCAGCACUGGUAAAAAGAACAAUGGAGUCCCUGCAGCAAACAACAGCCUUGGAAGUGCCACUAAAGGUUCCCUUGAAAGUGAUUCUCACCACUGGGAAAUCAUGGGGGUGUAUGACAGAAUUGCAGGAGAUGUAAAGCAGCCAUCGGGGAUGUUAUUCAGUACCCGAACACCUCAUUGGCCUGUGCUGAUUCCUCACUGAAUCACUAGGCAACAGCGCUGCUGGAUCUUUCAUAAGCACCUAAUACUCUGCAUGUGAAUUUUUUUACUUCAUUUUGUCUGUAGCCCUAGGCAACAGCAGUGAGAUAAAACUGGUUUUUACCAGUUCAUUGUGUUUCCUUUAGCCAAGGUAACCAGCGGGGAGCUGCUUUUGUUCAGAGCUAAAUUACUACAUGUAAGAAAUGAAAUAAGACAAUAUUAACCCUUUGGGAACAUCACAAACAUAUUUGAGUUAG